AAAAAUACUAUUCCGACAAACAAGUCACAAAUACUUUUUACGUGCAAAAUUUUUCAUUUUUGCACUACCCACUAACAGUGUUCGCUCGUUAUGUGCUGCUAUUUUUAACAAAUAAAAUCUAAAAGAACAAAUAAUUAAAAAUACUAAAUAAAAAUUACAAUAAAAGUGUGCUAAUUAAGUAGACAUGUAAAAAAAUUAAAAAAAAAAACAUCAAAUACCGAUGACGAAUAUAUUGCAAUAAUUUGAAAAGUAGUUAAGAAUGCCACCAAAACGUGUACCACCACAGGUGCCAAAGAAGCCAAAUCCCAGUCUCACCUAUGAGGUGUUAAUCUAUUUGAAUUCCUUCUAUUUCGGCAUGUUCGCUGGCUGUGAACUUGCGAUGAGUCUCCUUAAGGCAAUAAAUCUGACCUAUCCAAUGGAUAUAUUGAUUAGAGACAUGUGUGUUAUAUUUGGAUUCUGUCUGUUGGAAACGAUACGCAUUAUAAUGGGCCGCAAGGGAACCCUAGCAGAGCGAGGUUGGCCUGCAAUUAUGUCAGUUUUUCUAACUGUACCGUGCUUUCUUGGUGUAACCUAUAUAUUACUUUUACAAAAAUAUAAAAUACGUUUAGAAUAUGUACUUUGUACUUUACAAUUGGGUCUAUAUCUCACCGAAAUUUGGUAUGCCAUAUACUUUGUUUUUUCACUAUGUCGUCCAGUAACUUAUGAUUAGGACUAAAAACCAAACAAAAACUAAAAAAAAGAAUUAUAUA